AUGGCGCAUCCAGCCAGCGAAAAGCAUGGCGUGGACGAAAUCACCAGGGCCUCUGAUGCUGAGAAGGCUCCCUCGUCGCACGCUUUGCCGCGCGAGUCUCGACUGGAGCUUUUCGAGGACCCCGAUCAUGGCCUCAGUGAGGAGGAAAAAGCAAAAAUUGAUCGUGCAUUGUUGUGGAAGCUCGACCUGAGACUCAUCCCGUGGCUGAGUCUACUUUACCUGGUCUCAUUUCUGGAUCGGACCAACGUCGGCAACGCGAAACUCGCAGGCCUGCAGGAAGACCUGCACAUGACCGACUCGCAGUAUAAUGCCGCCUUGACUAUCUUCUUCGUGUCAUAUUCCGUCUUUGAACCUCUGACCAAUGUGCUUCUCAAACGCAUGCGACCUAGCGUCUUUAUACCUAUCAUAAUGGCUAUAUGGGGUAUUUGCAUGACGUGCAUGGGUCUCGUACAUAACUACUCCGGUCUUAUGGCAGUACGAUGGUUCCUGGGUCUGGCAGAAGCGGGACUCUUCCCCGGAGUCGGCUAUUUCUUGUCGUGCUGGUAUAAGCGAUCUGAGUUCGGUGUUCGCAUGGCCAUCUUCUUCUCUGCAGCUGCGCUUGCCGGGUCCUUUGGGGGUCUCCUGGCGGCUGCAAUCGCCCUGAUGGAUGGGAUCGGAGGAAAGCCGGGUUGGUCAUGGAUAUUUAUCCUAGAGGGCUUAGCUACGAUCAUCAUCGGCAUUCUUUCUUUCUGGAUGGUCUAUGACUUCCCAGAUGAGGCCAAAUUUCUGACCGAGGCGGACCGCAAGCGCGUAUUGCGUCGCCUGGCAACUGACAAGCAGGCCAGCGCUGAGCGUGAGCAAUUCAAGUUGACUUAUCUCUGGGCUAGUCUGAAAGACUGGAAGACUUAUACCGCCGCCGUCAUAUACAUGGGUGCGGAUGGAUGUCUAUACGCAUUCUCUCUUUUUACGCCCACUAUCAUUAAUGAACUAGCAGGCUACACGGCGAUUCAGGCACAGCUUCUCAGCGUCCCGCCUUACGCCGCAGCGGCUGUCGUGACCGUCGCGGUGGGCUUUAUUGCCGACCGAACGCGGCAGCGUGGUAUCUGCAAUAUCAUCGUAUCCCUCUUGGGCAUAGCUGGAUUCUCGCUACUUCUUGGGGCCAAGUCCGCUGGCGCGCGCUAUGCAGGGACGUUUCUAGGCGCCAUGGGUAUCUAUCCUGCGAUUGCGAAUACGAUCUCCUGGACCAGUAACAAUACUGAAGGCGUAUACAAGCGAGGGGUCACGCUGGGAAUCGUCAUCGGUUGGGGCAACCUGAACGGCAUCGUCUCGUCGAACAUCUAUCGUGGCAAAGACGCGCCCCAGUUUUAUCCAGGCCACGGGACCGUCCUGGCUUAUUUGGUCCUGUUUCUGUUUGGUGGCUCGGUGGUGCAGUAUGUUCUUCUCCGACAAGAAAAUGCGAAGCGUCGACGUGGGGAGAGAGACCACUGGGUGGCAGGACUUGAGCCGCACCAGAUCGAGCUUCUUGGUGACAACAGGCCUGAUUUUAUAUACACCUUGUAG